AUGAUCAAAGAACAUAUUAAAGUAUUAGAAGAACGUGAAGCUUUAUCGAAUAUAUCAAACGAGGUACCAGAAAUUGUUAUAAAGAAUUUAAGGAAGCCAUCAGGCUCUUCAAAUAAAUCAACAUCAUCAUCUUCUUCACAAUCUCAAUUAAACUCGAAAACACUCAUCAGUAUGGAAAAUCAAGCAAUUAAUAAUACAAAUAAGAAAUUGAAUAUUACUGUCAACAAAGCUACUGCGACGGUUAUUCAUCGCACUUCUGAAAUUACUGAAAUUACUGUAGUCGAAGAUAAAGAAAUACAUUAUGUAAUUAAAAAUUAUCUCGUAGUUAGACUUACAAUAGAUAAUCCUUGA